GUACAAGCGGAAUCUGAGCAAAGCUGGGAAAAACUUAGGAAUCGUUUGUACGUUCACGUCGCACUUGGGUGUAAGCAAGCUUCAGGAUGGAUGUGGUCCCCGACCUAGUGAUGGUCAGAUAGUGGGUAAUGCUCUGGUUAUGUCAAGAAGGAGGCCCUCUGUCGGGUGCAGUAUUUGUUUUGGGUGGGCUGCCCUUGUUGUUUGGAUUUGCACUCUUUUGACUGAGUUACCACCAAGUCUUCUGGAUUUUUGUUGCUGACAGGUUUCUCUGAAUAUUUUCCCAUGUAAGAGGAAUAACAGCUGGUGGUUUGCUUGCAGCCAUCCCAGAGGUGCCUCAUGCUUUGUUACUCUCGCGCAGUUUCAAUUACUUUAUUUUAAGGAUUUGCAAGAUGUCAGGAAGGAAAAAACAGCUAUAUGAAGUAAACACACCCUAUCCACAGAUCUAGUGCAACUUAUGCCUUACUGCUGUCUCUUUGCAUCUGCUGCACACUUGCGGAUUAUGCUACAGUCUAAUCUUCGUUCCCAGCUGGUGAAAUUCAGUGAAAAAAGAAGUGUUUGUAUCAAAAGAAAUGUUUUUAACUACUACAAGUGGAAGUCAAUUCUUUAGUCUGAAACAGUACACUGGCCAGGAGAUGUGUCCCAACAUACAGUAAUUGCCAGCAUGAUGGAACAAAGAUGCGGAAUUUGGCUCAUUAAGAAAGGUAAAAGGGAGAUAUAGAAUCAGCCCAGUGGAAUCUCAGAAUCCUACUGAUUUAAGCUUGUCAGAAUAGAAUAGAGGAAUGAACAUUCAGAGAGAAAGACAGAAAGAAAAGUAAAUACCCCACACUGGACCAGAAACUGCUGUCUGUUCCUGUUUUGGAGCUCUGUCCAGUGUUCGAUGACCACAAGGACUAAAUGAUUUCCUGUUGACUGCAUCACAAGGACAUAGCCAUGGCAAUAGUACAGAAUCUUCCAGUAUCAAUUGACCCAAAUUCAGAGGCCAGCACUCAGCUCAAGCCUGUGGCAGGAUCACCAGCACUUCACAACGCCAUGGGAAGUGUUAGCAGUCUUAUAGCAGGCCGACCGUAUCAUGAAAAGCAGUGCAGGGCCACAGAAUUCACUGCCAAAUCUCGCAAGGGAGCCAACCAGAUGCCUAAUUUGCUUAGGCAUCAAGAGGGUAUACUGAAAACUGGUUAUUCUCAGGAUACUGCCUCCCAUAGCCUGCCCCCAAAGAAGUCUUGCGCAGCCUCUGGGAGCAGUGGGAUUCAUGCCUUUGUUACUGAGGAUUUCAGUGGACAGUGGAAUGAUAAUGCGUCUCCGUGUAGUCCGUGUAGUGACUCAGAAGAACUUAGAGAGGAAAAGUCACAUAAUGGAAACAUACGUGGACCCCCACCAAAACUAAUCCCUGUCUCAGGAAAGUUAGAAAAGAACAUCGAGAAGACCUUAAUAAGACCUACAGCUUUUAAACCAGUUGUGUCCAAAACAAGAAAUGCUUCAUUUCAGUACCUUACACCAAAGCCUGGUGGCACAAAUCUUUCUGAGAGCCAAGGAAGCUUAAAUGCACUUUUCAAUAGUAACUCACUAGGAAGCGCUGAGAAGCGGAAUUCCUUCAGCUGCAGAAACAGUGCUCAUUCAGGGACAAUGUCAGAUUCUAGUAGAAUGUCAGACUCCGGGAGGAACUCUCUAUCCAGCUUGCCAACAUACAGCACUGGUUGCAGCAGUCAACUAGAACCAGUCAGCAGUUCUAUGGGUCACAUAAACCUGGAUAGUCAUGGGAACCUUAAUGGCUUUCAGGAAAGAAGUUCUAGAGGGUUGGCUGGACUGUCAAACUCAGACAGUGGACGAUCUUCUUCUAGUAAAAGUACUGGCUCCUUAAAUGGAAAAGGACACCCAAUGUCUGAUGGUGGAUCACCUGUUGUUAAUGAUGAAACUGUUAUAAAUGAGCUAAAAGAAAAACUACGAGACCGAGAGCUGGAGCUGCUUCAGCUGAGGGAGAAUUUAGAUGAGAAUGAAGCAGCAAUCUGCCAGUUGUAUGAGGAGAAGCAAAAGAGAUGUGAGUUAGAGAUGGAGGACCUCCGUCAAAGCUGUGCCAGCAAGUUGAAGCUGGCCUCCCAGAAAGACCAGCGUAUGCAACAGGUCCUGCAACUGCAAGUGUUCCAGCUGCAGCAGGAAAAGAAGAAGCUGCAGGAAGAUUUCUCACAACUCUUGCAGGAGCGUGAAGUACUGGAAAAGAGGUGUGCCUCCAUCGAGAGAGAACAGACUGAACUGGGGCCUCGACUGGAGGAGACAAAAUGGGAGGUUUGCCAGAAAUCUGGUGAGAUCUCCUUGCUGAAACAGCAACUGAAGGACACUCAGGUUGAGCUCUCACAGAAAGGAAGUGAGAUUCUUGCACUUAAGGUUCAGCAGAGAGAAAUGCGGACAGAGCUCCAAACCAAGGAGGACCAACUCCAAGAAAUGCAAGAAGCAAUCCGAACUAAAACUCUUGAGUUAGAAGUCUGUGAAAAUGAACUGCAGCGAAAAAAGAAUGAAGCUGACCUUUUAAGAGAAAAAGUAGGCAAAUAUGAGCAAGAAAUCCUUGUCCUUCGAGAGGCAUUGUCCAGCAAGACAUUGCUCAGUAGACAUGGACUUUCCCACUUUCCAGAGCAAGAUGAUCCUUUUUUACUUUAUGAAAGUGAUGAGGCCAAAGUUCAGCGACAAAAUGUGGACACACUGCAGUCCCUGAAACACCAUAUGGAGCGCCUGAGAGCUGAGCUUAUAUAUGAACGAAGGAGAAAUGAAGAUCAAAUGGAAAGUUUUGAGGAGGAAAGGAGAACAUGGCAUGAAGAGAAAGAAAAAGUAAUCAGAUACCAAAAACAGCUUCAGCACAACUACAUCCAAAUGUAUCGUAGAAACCGAGAGUUGGAGCGUGAAAUGAGGCAGCUCAGCUUGGAGCUAGAAGCUAGAGAGUUGGAUGAAUUUGAUCUUCAGGGUUCAGAAAUCAGAUUUGAAGAGAUCACUGCCACGGAAAUCUGAGUCGAACUCUGAUGUCUAAUUUUUGGUUACAGUUAACGAAUGGGGUAAGCUCACCAGAAAGCACACGCGUGCAAACAUUAUUUAUACAUAGCCUGCUUAUACAGAGAAACAUGCCCCUUCCUUUAAUUUUGUUGCCUUGCUUCAGCCUUGAACUCUAGAAAAAUAGAAAUGCUGUUAUCAGGCAAUGUGGCCAAUCAGUGUCAUGCAUAGGCAACUAAAUUUCAGUCUCUUCUGUGUGGUUUGUAACAUCUGUUCCUCCUUCUCACCUGCAAAGUACUGCUAACACUGUGUUUUAGGUUACGGAUUUCUUGCAUGAAAAUUUUGCAAUUCUAGAGGACAAAAGAGUUGUGACAAUCGCUCAUUACCAAAAUACUGGAGACCAGAUCUAUAUCAUUUUUUUAACAUUCAGCUACCAUGGAUUGAGUAAUUUGCAUCACUCUGAGCAGUAUUUUAGUCAUGAUACCAAACUUCUUGAUUACAGAAUACAGUUAAUUCAGUAUAGGUACUUCUAAGGCACUAGGUUCACGGACUCUGGUUUAUUCAACGAUUGUUUAUCAGAUUGUUCCAUUGGAAAUGUGUUCUAGUAUGGUACUGUACAAGGCAGGUGCAUACUUAAGAACUGGAAUGAAGGAAGGCAGCACUGUGGGUACAAUCAAGUGUUCUCUGGUACCGUAUGGUUUUGUAGGCAGUAAGAAGUGGCUGCAAAGCAGCUGAAUGAUAAUGUGUAGUGCCCAAGGGCAACUCUUAGUACCAUAGUGAAGGAACAAAUAUAACGUGUCUUGCACUGAAGAGAACUCAUUGCCUUUGGGGUACAGAGGAAGAAGCUGUACUAUGAUUCAGAAACAGUCUGUUGUCAAAUUCGAAGACAAUGUUUAGGAGCUGUGAUGUGAACUUUGACACAUUACUGCGUUACAAACUUUGUGUAUUGUGUAUAUGAGGGAAUAAGAACAAAAAUCCUUUGUGGUAUGGCUACACAAAACUAACAUGGUCUUUGCACCCGCCUGUUAACAGUACACAAAUGUAAUAAUUUUGAAUCUACACAGUGGCAUAAGUGCAUAGUACACAAACAGUAGCUACUGUGAGUUGCAAGAAGAAGAAGAAGCAGUAAAUUCAGCAAUAUUAUAUGAAGAAAAUCUGUUUAAAUCAGGACCUUCAUCAGGUAACUGUGAGAAGACUUUUGGGUAGACAUUGUAUAUGAGACACAAAAGAAGGGAUCACACACUCUUCUGUGAGGCCCGUAUUAGCUAAUUUUUAUACAAGGACAAACAUUUGUAUAACUUCACCCUACACUGUGCUUUUUACAUAUUAGUGAUAUUUAUUAAACUCUUGACAUGGGAUCUGCAGAUGUUUAAGGUUACUUUGCUUUAUGUAUCAUUAUCACUCUGAGAUUAUUGCCACCAAACCAGAAUGUAAAUAAAAUGCAAGAAAAGUCUAGGCACAAUUGAUCUCAUUGCUGAUAUAGAGAAGGUACAGUAUUUAGUGUGCACUUAAAUAACUCUUUUGCUUCGAGCUGAGAGUGUGAGCCAUUACAUUAUAAUUAACACAAGAUCAGUGUGCAAGCCAGAGAUAAACGCCAUGCUAAAUUAAUGUUGAAAAGAUUAUGUAUUAAAAAUGCAUAGAUUCAUAAAUUAGUACUAGGCUAACUGUCCUCGAGGACCAUUUUAAGCCUAGCCAAUUACCUCAUGUUAGAAUCAAACCCUGCAUCUUGUGUUUCUAAGGUAAGCACCUUAACCAUUAGGCCAACCUUCCACCCCUGGUGAGAUAACUGGGAGACUUAAACCUUCAGGUUCAAUUCAUUUAAAGGUAAAGCACUCACAUGAAAUACUGUAAUGUCACUGUUGAGAUAAAUUAUUUAAUUUGCAUUUUUAUAGAUUGAAUUCUAACACCUCUAUUACAACGAGAUUUCCAGUUAUCAGAUCUAGUUUGUUAGUUGACCCAGUCUUUGUUCAUCUGUUUAUAACAUGCAAUUGGCAAACUAUAGAAUGUAAUUAGAUGACAAGAUGUCUGGUGAUUCCAUUUCUCUUACCAUAAUUUUUUUAGGCAUUUUGAUCCCAAAAACCCCAUGAAAUUUAACAUAACUCUCUCUUUGAAACCAAAAAUGGUGUUUUUUCCCUUAGUUUUUAAUGACAAUUUCAGGCUUCUCAUUUGUAUUGAAAUACACAGUGUGCCUAUAAAUACACAAAAUGCUUGUAAAGUUGUAACUUAUAGUUCUUUGCUUUGGCAUGUCAUCAUAUUGAUGGACAGCAAACACUCUGAACAGGCUUGCCAAGGCACUAUAAUAUACCCUGCUUUAAAACAUUACAUUAAUCCAGAAGAGGUAGGUAGUUUAAUCACCUCAUGUGAACUGCCCACUUUUAACUAUUUCAAUAAAAUUUCCUUAAAGCAAUUAAACAGAAGUAUUUAUGCUUGAUGUCCUCACUGCUAAAAACCUCCAUGGCCAACAUAUUGCACUUAAUCAGUUUAGUGUAUUCAAAAAGUAGUUUGUGUGUACCUUAAUAAGCUUUAUAAGUUAUUAUGGCAGCCUUUGUAGGUUAGCAUGAAAACAUUCACUUUGAGUGACACUGCUUAGUUGCAGUGUUAUACCCUUUUGUGUUUUAUUUGCUUGUGAGCAGCAUAGAGAACAAACAGUAAGUAAUAUUCAUCUAAUACAACCACUCUACUGUUCUCUCCUUCUCACUCCACGAAUUACAGCAGCUAUUGUCCAAACAUUUCAAAUGUAUCAGCA